AUGACGAGCUCCGUGGCAUCGUACGAGCAGCUGGUACGGCAGGUGGAGGCCUUGAAGGCCGAGAACAGCCACCUGAGGCAGGAGCUGAGGGACAACUCGAGCCACCUAUCCAAGCUGGAGACGGAGACGUCGGGCAUGAAGGAGGUGCUGCAGCAUCUACAGGGCAAGCUGGAGCAGGAGGCCCGCGUGCUGGUGUCCUCGGGGCAGACGGAGGUGCUGGAGCAGCUGAAAGCCCUGCAAAUGGACAUCUCCAGCCUGUACAACCUCAAGUUCCAGCCACCGGCCCUGGGCCCCGAGCCCCCCACCCGGAGCCCUGAGGGAAGCCCCCUGCACGGCUCCGGGCCCUCCAAGGACAGCGCUGGGGAGCCAAGCCGGGCCACCAUCCGCCUGCUGGAGGAGCUGGACCGGGAACGGUGCUUCCUGCUGAAUGAGAUCGAGAAGGAGGAGAAGGAGAAGCUAUGGUAUUACUCCCAGCUGCAAGGCCUGUCCAAGCGCCUGGACGAGCUGCCGCACGUGGAGACGCAGUUCUCGAUGCAGAUGGACUUGAUCCGGCAGCAGCUGGAGUUCGAAGCGCAGCACAUUCGCUCGCUGAUGGAGGAGCGCUUCGGGACCUCAGACGAGAUGGUGCAGCGAGCGCAGAUCCGCGCGUCGCGCCUGGAGCAGAUCGAUAAGGAACUGCUGGAGGCACAGGACCGGGUGCAGCAGACCGAGCCCCAGGCCCUGCUGGCGGUGAGAUCAGUGCCCGUGGACGAGGACCCUGAGGUGGAGGUCUCCACGCAUACCAGCGAUGGCACCCCUCAGCCGGGCAACAGCAAGGUGGAGGUGGUGUUCUGGCUGCUGUCCAUGCUGGCAACACGUGACCAGGAGGACACCGCACGCACGCUGCUCGCCAUGUCUGGCUCGCCCGAAAGCUGCGUGGCCAUGCGCCGCUCCGGCUGCCUGCCACUGCUGCUGCAGAUCCUGCACGGCGCCGAGGCCGGCAAUGGCUGCCCUGGCUGUGCCUGGGGCCGAGCGGAUGCUACCCCUGUCCCCAUUGAGCCACAGAUCUGCCAGGCCACCUGUGCGAUCAUGAAGCUGUCCUUCGACGAGGAAUAUCGUCGGGCCAUGAAUGAGCUGGGUGGGCUGCAGGCCGUAGCCGAGCUCUUGCAGGUGGACUUUGAGAUGCACAAAAUGACCCGCGACCCCCUCAACCUCGCCCUGCGCCGCUACGCCGGCAUGACCCUCACCAACCUCACCUUCGGGGACGUCGCCAACAAGGCCACUCUGUGCACGCGCAGGGGCUGCAUGGAGGCCAUUGUGGCCCAGCUGAGCUCGGAGAGCGAGGAGCUCCACCAGGUGGUGUCCAGCAUCCUGCGGAACCUGUCGUGGCGCGCCGACAUCAACAGCAAGAAGGUGCUGCGGGAGGUUGGCAGCGUGACGGCCCUCAUGCAGUGCGUCCUUCGGGCCACCAAGGAGGCCACCCUGAAGAGCGUGCUCAGCGCCCUGUGGAACCUGUCGGCGCACAGCACCGAGAACAAAGCGGCCGUCUGCCAGGUGGACGGCGCCCUGGGCUUCCUGGUGAGCACGCUGACCUACAAGUGCCAGAGCAACUCGCUGGCCAUCAUCGAGAGUGGCGGCGGCAUUCUGCGCAAUGUGUCCAGCCUCAUCGCCACCCGCGAGGACUACAGGCAGGUGCUUCGUGACCACAAUUGCCUGCAGACGCUGCUACAGCACCUGACGUCCCACAGCCUGACCAUCGUCAGCAACGCCUGCGGCACACUCUGGAACCUGUCGGCCCGCAGCCCACGCGACCAGGAGCUGCUCUGGGACCUGGGCGCCGUGGGCAUGUUACGCAACCUGGUGCACUCCAAGCACAAGAUGAUCGCCAUGGGAAGCGCCGCCGCCCUGCGCAACCUGCUGGCCCACCGGCCUGCCAAGUACCAGGCGGCGGCCACAGCGGUGUCGCCGGGCUCCUGCGUGCCCAGCCUGUACGUGCGCAAGCAGCGGGCGCUCGAGGCCGAGCUGGACGCUCGGCACCUGGCGCAGGCGCUCGACCACCUGGACAAGGAGGGGCUGCCCGAGCCCGCGCCCGCCACCAAGAAGCCGCUGGUGCCCCUGCGGCACCUGGACGGGCUGGCCCAGGACUAUGCCUCAGAUUCGGGCUGCUUCGAUGAUGAUGAUGCGCCCUCCCUGGCGGCUGGAGCCAGCGCCUCCACCGAGGCUCCCAGCCCGGCCGUGCUGUCCCUUUUCCUGGGCAGCCCCUUCCUGCAGGGCCAGGCGCUGGCCCGCACCUCGCCCGCCCGCCGUGGCCCAGAGCCUGACCAGGAGGUGGGCAGCGGGGAGGUGGCCGUGGCGGCCAAGGCCAGGCUGGCGCUGGCUGUGGCUCGCAUCGACCGGGCCGGCCGCUCCACCUCCUCCAGGCAGGCCUCUGGGCAGCGGCCUAGGGCGGGGGGCAUCAGCCAGAAUGCAGAGGAAGCCCGUGGAAAGGGCCGGAUCCAUGCAGGCCUGGAGCUGCCCCUUGGCCGCCUGCCCAGUGCCCGCUCAGACCAAGAUGGGCCUUGCCUGGGCCGGGCACGUGGGGACGGUGGCCUGCAGUCGCUAUGCCUCACCACACCCACCGAGGAGGCCGUGUACUGCUUCUACAAUGACUCUGACGACGAGGGGCCGGCCACAGCGGCCAAACCCCCCCGGCGGGCGGCGGCGAUCCCCCGGGCCCUGAAGAGAGAGCGUCAGGUGGGCACGAAGGCUGCACCCAAGGCUGUGCCCAAGGCUGCACCACCUGCCCUGCCACCCCCCCGGGCACACCCCAGCCUCAUUGCCGACGAGACACCGCCCUGCUACUCGCUGAGCUCUUCCGUGAGCUCCCUGAGCGAGCCGGACCCGGAGCAGCCAGCCAGCCAGCCCUGCGGCCGGGGUUCAGCAGUCUGCAAGAACUCAGAGGUGGCCAGUGGGCAUGGUGGCGCGUCACCCGGCCCACGGGCUGAGGAGGAGCUGCUGCGAAGCUGCGUCAGCUCAGCCAUGCCCAGGCGCCGGACACCAGCGUCUGGAUCCCGGCAGCAGAAGCCCCGAGCAGCCCAGCCAACAGCCGAGGUGGCCCGGGAGCGUGGAGAGGAGGCAGCCGGCUCGGACCGCGGUGCCUCGGACCUGGACAGCGUCGAAUGGCGGGCCAUCCAGGAGGGCGCCAACUCCAUCGUCACCUGGCUGCAUCAGGCGGCAGCCGCCGCGGCCACCCGCGAGGCCGAGUCCGACUCGGUUCCGUCCUACACAUCAACGCCCAACGCAGAGAGGAAGCGGCGGCGGCCAGGGGCGGAGGGCCUGGUGGGCAGCGCGAGGCGGCCGGAGAGACGAGCCGUGGCUGAUCGCGGUGGCGCCGAGCAGCCGCGCGGCGCUCAGAAGGCGGCGUCCGGCGUCCCAGCCGUGCUGCGGGGAAGGACAGUCAUUUACAUGCCCAGCCCGGCACCCCGGGGACAGUUCAGAGGCGCUCCCGGACCCCGCGCCGCCCCGCGGAAGACGGGGCCGCCGAGCCCCGUGCAGCCAGCCGCCCCGGCCCCGAACCCCGGCUCACAACAGCGCUCCCGCAGCCUGCAUCGGCCAGGCAAGAUCUCAGAGCUGGCGCUGCGCAGUCCCCCGCAGAGGAGCGCCACGCCGCCCGCGCGCCUGGCCAAGACGCCCUCGCCUGGUUCUUCGCAGAGCUCCCCUGCCGACAUGGGGGCCCUUCUGGGCUGCUGGAUACUGGGGCUGCCCACCGCAGGAGAGCGAACUGCAUUGGCCACGGGACAGGGCCAGCCUGUCAGCUGGGUGCUGCACACGGGAGCCUGUAAUUACAGCGUCUGUAAUUACGGCACCGGGUCCCCAGAAGCAGAGUCCACCAUGGUCAACUGCACUGACCUGCAGCCAGCCAGGUCUGAGUCCUCCAGCCGCUUCCUGGCGCGGCCAAUCUCCAGAGCAGGGAGCAGCCGCCAGCCGCCUGCAGCCACAGGCGGGGAUGAUCUGGGCCAUGGUGCCCACUACAGUCCACCCCUUACACAGCUCAGCCCCAUGGCUUCUCCCACGUAG